AUGGCAGAUGUAGAAGGAAUUAUAUUUCAAUGUCACUGUCACGUGCAAACUGAAGAAGAUGGAGCGAAGGUCAAAUUCAGUGACAUGUUAAGGAUUGAUGUAACUAUCAGUGUUCAAUUUAUACAUUAUUCUCAUGGUAUUGAAACAUCAACUUUAUUAAAAAGUUCAAUACCUAUUAGCUGUGAGAAUUUCAUCUUAAACAAUGAAGAUUUCGUAAGGAGCUUGACAUCCGAUCCACGCUGUUCUCAUUACUUCGUCCCAGAAAUGGUUGAUCUUACAUCAGAAACCAUUGUUAACAUGAGUGUCGAAAUUUUAGAAUUUUGCUGUGAUUCGGAGUCUGUAGAUUCAGAACGCCAUGAAUUGCCUCUCAAUUUAGACAUCAUAGUGGAUGUACUUCAAGAUGGAGAAAGCGCAGAGGAAGAAGAAGAGAUUGAACAAAAUACAACCCAGAUUCCAGCGUCUGAAGAAGCCAUUAAUUCCCUCAAGACGUUCACAAAUUCAUCUAUUUUGAGGAUGAAAAUCGAAAAGUGCGGCAUUUGCAUGGAAAAUUUUCCUUUCAAAGAGGAUGAAGAAAGUGUGAAGUUAUCGUCGAUGCCUUGUGAUCAUGUUUUUCAUCAUCAGUGUAUUGUACAAUGGCUACACAGAAGUCACACUUGUCCUUUAUGUCGUUAUCCUAUGCCUAUUUGA